CGGGAGAGUAGUAUUACGGUAGGGCUGAACAGGCGAUCGAGAGAAAGAAAGAAAGAUCGAUAAUGUCUGAAUUGACGGAAGAACUGGAACCGCUCUUCGAUUACCGUCGUGUCCAGCCACCGACCUUCCUAACCAUCGAUGAUGAUGAUGAUGAUUCAUCUUCUCCGUGCCGCCGUUCCAAGAGAGUAAAACUAUCCGAUGAUGAUAAGGUUAAGGAAGUAAGCGAAGAUAAAAAGGAGGAGAUUGUACACAUUCUGGAUAAUGACGAAGAAGAAGAAGAUGAAGAGCUGGAUUGGCUACCGCCGCCGCCCAAGAUCAGAUGUGAUUCGAACAUGAUUGAAGAAGAUGUUACAAUAAAGAAGCUUCGAUUACAGAAACAACAGUUGGAAUCAUUUGCUCAAUCUGCAAAAGAUGUUAUUAGAGCUGUAGAAGAAGAUCUUGCUAAAAGGACUCAUGAUACAGAUGAACAUGAACGAGAGAAAAUUGUUAUCUCGAUUCAGGACAAUGGAGGAGGACUUAAGCAGUUUCGAGUUUACAAGGAUGACAAGUUUGAGAAGCUGUUCAGGAUGUAUGGUGAUAAGAAUAAGGUUGAAAUUGCAAGUUUAGUUUUCACCUUUGAUGGUGAUAAGAUCAAUCCAAUGUUAACUCCCAAUUGCCUUGGGAUGGAAGAUGAUGAUAUUGUUGAAGUUCAUAUCAAGAAAUGAAAGACUAGUAGUAGUACUUUAACUUGUUGAAAUGAUUUGACUCAUUUUGUAAUUCUCGGGUUUUCUAUGUUUUGAAUAAUGGAACUUA